UUAUUAUAAUUUUUAAUCAACUUGUUUUAUAUAGGUACAUAUAAGUAUUCAGUUACAGAUUAAUCUCUUCAAUUUCGGGAAGUCGGAUUAGAAUUAUGCAUUCGUAGUAAAUAAAACUUGAUGCAAGCAUAUUAGCAUUAAUCCUAUAGUCAGCCUCUACGAUAAAAGCCUCCUUUGUUCGUUGGGCCUCAUUGUCUCGUCUCUGUAAUCACUACUCAAAACAACAGCCAGUCACCAGUUCUGUUUUUACGGAGCGGCUCCCUUUAUAUUUAUAGUCCACCUAUAAAUAAUUGAAGCUCAAUCCCACCGCACAACACGUAACAUGCCGUCAAUUGCUUGCAUAAGGCGCACACAUUAUCAUCAAUAAAAUAAGGAGACCAAUAAAAUUCAGCUCUGCAGGUACUCUAUACAGCUGUUCCGCAAUACGAAGUAUGUAUCAGCUGAUCAGCAGCCAGUGUUGCCAACCUACCUAACCUCAACCCAACAACAACUUUUGCGCCUAUUCGCAGAUCAUCUCGCUCUGUGCCUCUGUCCCUCAGUCCCUGUCAUCUUUAGCGUGAUCCAUGUGUAGCAGAAACUUUUUUCCAAGCCCACGGGCAGCACUGCUCUCGAGAUAAGCCCACCAGAUACGCACGCGAAGUAUAGUGUCUCCAGGGAGCAAGGGGGCUCAGAUAGGAAGAAAAAAACGUAUCCAGCCCAGUUGUAGUUUACUCUGGCGGUUGAUCAUCAAUGUAGUGCGCGCGCGAGAGUGGGUCUGUGUGUUUUCUUCUCUCUCUCUCUCUCUCUCUCUCUCUCUCUCUCUCUUAGCUCAACUCUCGCGAAAACGGAAAAUCCAUCGCUGGCGCACGGCUAUAGCAGCGCAAACACGUCGCGCCGAGAGUUUCGAUUCCGACCGUCUGUGCCGUCGCAUUGUUGCCUGGUCGUGUCUUUCUCUCUCGUUCAGUCGUGUGCGGAGAGUGGAACAAGGUACACUAUACUCGGCAGUCGUGUUCAGUGCCUGGAGUGGAGAGGAAAAAGUGCGACCAUAUCGCGGAGCGGAGCAAAUGUCAACAGGGCUAGGUAAAUAGGUUCAUUAGUUCUAGGCGAUAAUCGCAGCGAAGUGUGCGUCCUAUAUACGCUCUUUCACGAUUAUCGGCUUUAUAUGUGCCUAUCCUCUUCUCUCGCGCGAGGAGUAGUUUCUGACUUUGACAUUGACUGCUAUAUUGUUGCCAGCAAAGCAGCUCCAGUUACUGCUGGAUGCAUUGAUGAGGUCAACUGUGGUGCUGUUAUCGAGCAGAGCCUCUUGCUGCAGAAGAAUGCUGGUACCGAUCAAUCUCAGCUCCCGUGAGUGAUACACACUCGAGGUUUUAAUUCCCUAAAGUUUGUGAACAACAGCUGCAAAAAUGGGUUCCAUUGCUCUGGAGGAGUAUGAGCUCAUGAAGGACUCAAAAUAUCGAGUCUAUGUGUCUGCGGUAGACAAGGCUCUCAAAAGCUUUGAUUACACCAGCGAAUGGGCAGACUUAAUUUCUGCACUGGGCAAACUCAACAAAGUCCUGUUGAGUAAUAUGAAAUUUCCAGUCAUUCCAAGAAGGAUUAAAAUUUCUAAAAGACUUGCUCAGUGCAUGCAUCCAGCUCUGCCAUCAGGAGUUCACUUGAAAGCUUUAGAAACUUAUGACAUAAUAUUUAAAUGCAUGGGCACAAACAGAUUGAGUCAUGAGCUAUUUAUUUACAGUGCAGGUUUAUUCCCACUACUGGGUAAUGCAGCAAUGAAUGUUCGACCAUUACUCCUGACAGUUUAUGAGACGCAUUUCGUUCCUCUUGGUGAAAGACUGAGACCAGCACUAAGUGGCUUUCUCAGUGGUGUUCUUCCAGGAUUAGAAGAAGGUUCUGACCAUUUUGACAGAACCAAUUCAUUGUUGGAAAAAGUUUGUGAAGGUGUAGGUCCAGCACACUUUUAUGCCUGUUUAUGGGAUUGUCUAGCUUCUAACUCUGGAAUACGACUGCCAGCAAUAUCUUUUGCUCUGACACAUUUCAACAAAAAGUGGCCAAUGGAAGAUCAGCUCUAUAUUAUGGGAACCAACGUCGAUAUUAUGGUCGCUGCAUUAUGUGCCGGAGUUCAAGACAGCUCUGUGCUGGUUCAAAGGAGUGCUUUGGAUUUACUGCUCGUGGGUUUUCCCGUGCACAACAGCCAACUCUCGCGGAACGAUAUGGUGAACAUACUUACCGCCGCUUUGACUACAAUUUUACGACGUGAUAUGAGUUUAAACAGGCGAUUAUUCGCUUGGCUUUUGGGUACCGAAGUAAACACGUCGAUUUUAAAAAAGAAGGCGGAUCGCGUAGCAGCUGAAACCUCGGCCGCGUACUUUGACAUCUAUUCCAAGGACAUGCUAAUAGAGGCGAUUAAGACGACUUUAAAAACCAUUUGUAAUGAGAAUCCCCAGGAUCUGAAGCCUUACAGAAUUUUGAUUUCUCUGUUGGAUAAACCCGAUAUCGGACCUGUGAUUCUCGAUGAUAUUCUAUAUGAAGUUUAUAGAACAUUUUACAACGCUUGUUCGGUAUCAAGCAAACAUUCCAAAUCUAACGAAGUUAUAAAAUCCGUGAAUCUGCUCUUCUCCACUCUGGAACCGCAAUAUGUCUGGAUCCACUGUGGCUACCUUUUCGAAAAAGCCUGCGAGAAGGAUCAGGGUGGCAGUACCAGGUCUAGGUACAGACGAAAUACACAAGAACCAUCUGUUAAACAAGUUGGGUCGGGUAUGCCGGAUCUCGGUGAGGUAUGCUUGCUUACAGAGUUUUUGCUGGAAACCGUAUCUUUGGAUGCGUUUAUUGAUACUCCAUCCGAACAUUUGCCAAGCCUCUUUUAUAAUAUCGUCGACAAACUAUCACAUCGUAUAGACCAUCUGUCACCUUUAGAGAUAACCAAGAGUUUACAAUUGUGUGGAAAAAUUUUGUCGAAAGUGCAGCCUGCAGUUUCUGCAAAUUCCAACGCCGAAAAAACAGAAACAGAAGUUAAACAAGACGUUAGUUUACCUGUUGAAAGUGGUCUAGCUGCGAUUCCGCUAGAGAAGAGCCAAUCUGACAGCAAAUUGAAUAAGCCUAUUAUGAAUGAGUCGACGAACAACUCGUUUUCAGAUCGUAGUCCGAGUCCGAGAAGACGAGCAAAUUCGAGUGGUGCACCAAAAAAGAACGACAAGAAGUCCAAGAAAAAAUCCAGCAAAAGUACCUCAAAACUUUCGGAUUCCUAUUCGAUCCAAGCAGAUGGCAGUAGCAUAUCCGUGGUUGUAAGUGAAGACGUGAAAUCGUCGAGCUCUAUAGGCCGAAAUAAGAGUAUGGAGGACCUUAAGUCCAGUGACUAUCAGACGGACUCAAUUCAGGGCCUUAGUGUGGGUCAUGAAGCGAGGAAUGCAUCAUCGGUGGGCUCGCUGAAUUCGCUGAGUCGGGGCCCAUCACCAGCUCAACAGCUACAGCAUUCAAUGGUAGAGAAGUGCCUAAGACUUUACGAGCUUUUUUACGUAAAGCUUGUAGAACGACGAAUAUUGGAUCGCGAAAGGUCUGUGCCAGAGCUAUUUCAGAGUUUGAGAGUGUCUUCUUGUAAAGAGAGCUUUGACGAAAGAACAAGGCAUUUAGAGAGAUUGUUGAAGUCAAAACUUGAUUUGGAAGACUCGGGAUUCUUCAAUCAGGAGCUAUUGUCACCAGAGGAUAGACAAUUAGAUAUUUUGCAUUUGUACGUGGAAUCGGUAGACCAAUCUGACUGGGAAGAAGUCUUAAAAGUCGCAUCGAGUCUUCUUGUUGAAUUGUCUACUUUCCCAACUUACUUCUUGCCAGGCGACGGUCUUCUGGAAGAGGAAGAACCAAGAGGCGUAGUUGCUUUGCCAGAGUGGCUAAAGGUUUUAAUCGUUUGUGCCUGCUGGUUAGGCAAGCAACCGUCCCUUCAACUCACUAGUAUUGCUACACUGCUAGACUUGGUCGCUUUGUCUAAAGCUCACAGUGAUUCCGCAAAUCAAGCUCAUGGAGAAGGUGUGACCACGGUUGUCAUCGUGCCGCUGUUAAAACAGUGGCACGUGUCGUAUUUGAAGAGUUACACAAACGUUUUCCAGAUUCUAGCGCACUCACUCUGGCACCAUCUUGGAGAACUUCCUGUUCACAAGUAUAGGAUUCGAUGUGUUGAGCUUCUACAUGAAUUACAUCACGCGUUGCAUGAUUCUUGCGACGCAGUGGAGGAUGUAAUUGGUUCGGCAUUGAUGUGUGAAAGUAUGGAAAAAAGAAUCGAAGCGUGCAAUAGGUUUGCUACUUUAUGGCAUCUUGGAAGAGACAUCGAGGCUAAUCCAAGGUUAAGAGACUGUAUGAGAGGUUUUGACAAAUCACUUUUGAAACUCCUGGACAAUUUGCAACUCCCUGAUAACUCACCACUGAAACUGCAGUCGCAGUCCUGGUUGCUGCAUUGUCUCGUUCGUAACGACAUUUCACGAAUUGUAAAUCCCGUCCUGACUAUGCUCCUUGAUCCGUCUACUUGUCGUAUGAGUGUGCUCCACGUUAGUAUCCAGCACAGCAACAUCGUCCUCACCAAAAGCGAUCCCGCAGCCCUACUUGAAAAGUCAGAAAGUGCUCAAGACGAAGCCGAAGGUGCGGCAAAUAUCUAUGCUAUUAGUUCGGUUGAUGGUAACGUCAUAUAUCACGUGAGCAAUGGCCAGGAUGAUCGCAGUAAUACUGAUGAAAAGAAGUGGAGACGGGGUGGUCGCAAGAAAAAGUCUAUCAUAAACCCAGUGAAGGUGAAGCGCAUUUUCGCUGUAACAACCCUAACAACUGAUAACAAGGGCCACCAAUACGUGACUGAACGUAACCAGACGAUGCGGGAGCUCGAAGUGCCACCUAGCAUAUCAGGCAACCGCAGGAUCUCGGUAUUUGUAAACCCUCUGUCGCUGAAUGGCAACGAAAAUUCGAAUGAUUCGCUUACGGAGGAGGAUUUGCUACCAAUGAAGCGACAUAGUACUGGAGUUAUAGGAGGGGGUUCUAAUGCUGCUGCUGCCGAGGUACUGAGAACCGCGAGACGCUUCAAGAAACCUGAAUUCAACAAAGGUUCAACUGGUAGUCUGGAUGAGAGUUUGUUCGAAUCUGUGGACUCUACAAUAGCAACGGCUAAAACUAGAGAUAAGACUGGAAGCGUCAAGAAACUAAACGGAGAAGUUGGGUCGUCGUCGCUGGAUUCGAUUACGAACAGCUUGGCUUCCAGUAGUCCAGAGAUAGUUACUGCUAACAAGUCAUCACAGAAGAUGAAAAAGGAACAUGUAAUGAUGCCUAACAGCGCGCGCGAGAUCGCGGGAACGAUAAUAAAGGGCAAAUACAACAGCAUGAACAGCGAGUUCAACAACACCAGUUACGAGGUAAACGAUGCUGUCGGUAGCUUCGAGGCUACUACAGAGAUACCGAGCUGGACAAUGGGUGACGAGGAAGGAGAUCUAGAAACCAGUACCACCGCUGAAGAGUACUUUAGUAAUUCAAGCGGUAUCAGCGUCGUGGAGGAAGUGUUAAAUGACGUGGUAGAUAGAGUGAUCGAACUUUGUGAGGCCAAUGAAAGCAAUAAACUCGGUGAAGAAUCAAUUCACUUGGAAAGUGGUGGCGUGAAGCGUAAUAGCUCGGGUGGCGUUGGUGUACAUAACUUGCACUCGCACAUGUUACUUUACUGCGGCGUUUACGACUCGAAUCGUACGCUCUACGCUCUACGCAUUCUUCGCAAUGAGCUCCUCACCAAUGCUCGGAUGUUCCUAUGCGCUGCGGCGACGACAGGUGUCUCGAACAAUCCACGCAGCGCUCCGCUCUUAACGUUGUUGGCUCGACAUCGCAAGAGUGUUUUCGGAAGGAACUUCCAUGGCGAUGUAGCUAACACCGAGUUUGUCGCGGCCUUUAGGAGUAGCAUGUAUCUCGAGUUGCUGAUCAGUGUGUGCCUUUACUUCGCCAGGAGCUACUAUCCGAAUCUAGGUCAGAUGAGACUGACGCAAGAAGAGAUUUCGGGCAAUAGACAAGUUCAGUUAGCGAGUACCGAAUUGUUGACGCUUAUAUUUUCUGAAUUGAUACCAAUAGUCCGGGACUCCGGCAAAGGCUUUAGUUGUUAUAUCAUAGAUUUGUUAACAAAAUGCAAAGUGCAAAAAGUUGCGCUCCACUGCCUUGUUUCGAGCGUUUUAACUAUGAAGAACGCGCAGAAGGAUAGCGACGAAGUUUUUACCUUUACUGAGGAAAUCGUACAGUUUAACGAUCCCGUCACAGAAAACGAUGUCAAUAAAUGUAAAUAUAGAGCAAGCGACCACACAGAAGCCUUCCAAAUGCAGUUAUUAAGAUUGUUAUUAGCUUUAAUAAUGUUAGAACAUCAAUGCGGAGCACAAAAAGGGGAAGAAGUUGUAGCAACGUCCUCGACCCCAACGAGCCCGUCUCGAAAUGCCCACAAUUUAUCAGGCAACACUUUAAAAUAUGUUGCCGGAGCACCUAUACCACAGCAGCCUAUGUUUCUCGCCAGUAUACUUAGUGCAUUGAAAUUAGAACACAUGAGACAUCUGCAUCAAUACUGGACAACACUUGUCACCUCUAGUCUACCCUUUAUGGGUUCGUCAUUGACUCAAAUUGUGACUUCGGUUAUCCACCAGCUUUGUUGCAAUAUCGAGCAACUGGCAUCCUACUACGUUAGUGAAGAUGCGCUGUUAUCAUCUCGUAAGAGUGAAGAUAUUAGUAUGAUCGAAUGCUGCUUACCCGCUGAUUAUACGGUGACACACCUGGAAGCUUUGACUUUCCUACUGCACUACUGUCUGCUCGACACUUCACAACAAAUCGUAUUCUCGUUUAAUCAGCCUAGUAGCGCCAUACAAACUGGAGUUCCUGGCGCUAAUCCUGGUCAAAUAUUCAACAAUCUCAUUCACGUUUUUAUGCCUACUCCACUUACUGCGGAACUAACUAGUGCUAAAGAUAAAAGCGCUACCAAUGAACAACUUAUGAACGCUAGAAGGAUGGCUUUAAGUCAUUUACCAAGAAUAAUUGCUUCGCUCUCUGCACUUUGGCAGGCAGUUCUUGUGACUAAGGAUAACGAACAGGCGACUUGCGUCGUUGGUAGCCCACGAGUAGUAAAGCACCAGCUGUUAGAGCUUCUCUCGCCCAUUUCCUUCCAUCACGGUGUGAAUUUCUUAGCAGCAGUUGCUGUGGCUUGGCACGAAAGGCGGCAACCCUCGGCCAAUUCAAAGAGGAUAUUACCGGAAGCUUGUCCGAAUCAGCAAGUACUGGUGCAGUUAGUGAGUGCGAUUAGAGUUAUGCCCAUUGAUACGUUAGUACAGACAGUCCAUCAAGUCAUCAAGACACCGCCGCCAAUAAACGGAGUGAAGCAAGAUUUCUCCUUGGAAGUGUCAGUUUUGGAGUUACUGUACAUUUACAUGCAGAGUAAUACAUCACAAACGCUCGUUGAGUCAUGGGCGUCGCUUCUUGGUUUGUUGAAAGAUGGUCUUGCCUUGACAGCACCGGCACAGUUUCUGUUAUUAGCAAUCUUAAAUGAGUAUGUUCAGAAAUGUCCUCCAAUGCAAGAGAAAAAAGACAUCAGGGAUCUGCAAGACAUAUCUGCAAAGCUCGUCGAGUCGUGUUCCCAAAUCGCUGGAGCGUGCCUCGAGCAGACCACUUGGCUACGAAGAAACUUGGCUGUGCGCGAAGACGUUUUGGACGUCUCGGAGGGAUCUUCCGAGGGUAAAGAAGGAAAAGCUGGCACUGUGAUGCCUGGCACGCCACCAAAUUCGGCUUACAGUGUACAAGCCCAGGCGGUACUCGCCGAGAUUGUAGCACCUUUGCUCGACGUUAGCUACGGUUCCCAAGAAAAGGAACGCGUAGCCACUUUGUUGACCAAUUUGAUGUAUAACGUCACACCUUAUUUGAAAAAUCAUACAACGAAGAAUAUCGCUUCAUUCACUGCCUGCUCUCAGCUACUGAGUUCGCUAUCUGGCUAUCCGUAUACGCGGAAAGCAUGGAGAAAAGACGUUUUAGAUUUAUUGUUGGACCCUGCCUUUUUCCAAAUGACGGCCGCAUGCUUACCUUACUGGAGAACAAUAAUUGACAAUUUAAUGACGCAUGACAAUACGACUUUCCGUGAUUUGUUGAACAAAGUUUCGUUGGCUCAGAGCAGCAGUAUAAGCAUUUUUUCAUCGAAAGAGCAAGAAUACGAACAAAGAGCACAACUCCUAAAAAGACUGGCCUUUGUUAUACUUUGCAGUGAAAUGGAUCAAUAUCAUAAGUAUAUGCCGGAAAUUCAAGAACGACUUGCUGACAGUCUCCGUUUACCACAAGUGAUACCGUCAAUCCAAGCGCAAGUAUUUCUUUGUUUUCGAGUGCUGCUUCUGCGCGUUUCGCCUCAACAUGCGACUUCACUCUGGCCAGUCAUAGUCAGUGAAUUGGUUCAAGUGUUUUUGCACAUAGAGCAAGAGCUGAGUACUGACACCGAAGAAUUCAGUCGUCAGAACAGUUCACACAUUAAGCUGCUUUCGGCAUUGGACUCGUCCUGGGCUGUGAAUGCGAGCAACGGACUUCAAGCACACGGUCAUCCACAUUGGUUGCAAUUGCAGUUGGCUGCUGCGAAAUUGUUAGAUUUAGCACUUUUGUUGCCGGCUCACCGACUGCCGCAAUUCCAAAUGUAUCGUUGGGCCUUUGUCGGAGACGCAGCAUCGGGCAGUACAGAAAAUAACAACUUAAGCUCGGACUUUGUGCCUCAUAUAACGAGGAUAGCAAAACUUAUGGAUAGCAAAUUCAAGGAGAGCGAAUCACCGUCGAAUUUACCGGCCGGCGAGCUGCUGCUGACCUCGAGCAACAUUCGUUCGCUACAGGACCUGCAGCACUUCUUCGCGGCUCUGACGCGUCGACCCGAGGAAUCACAGGCCCACUUGAACGUCGCUCAUCUCGAGUCUGUUAUCGAGCAGGACUUCCUCGAGAAGAUGCCGAGCUUGCCCGCAAGAUAGUAGGAGCAUCAACGAGCCCCUGCCGUCGUCGCUGCAGUUGAUGGACCCGUUGUCGCACCGCAACCGGGACUGGCUUUCGUCUGAUGAUGAUGAUGAUGAUGAUGAUGAUGAUGAUGAUGGUCAUGUUCGAUGUGUAAUAUCUGUAGAGUACUCGAAUCGACGAGUUGUUGUCUGUUGACUUUAGUGAGAUGGAGUGAAUCGGAAAAUUUGAUUUCCCACCUAAGAGAUGGAGUUUGAUUGAAAAGCGAAGAAACAAAGUAUAAGGUAUAUAUAUUAACUGCGUGGACUCGAUGGGCGAGUUAGUUUCAACGCUGCUGCGGUUAUCCGGGCGCUUCGAAGACUGAUGAGAGAGCCUGCAUGCGAAACAUUCAUAGUUGCAUUACAUGUACAUAAGCCCACUACACAAGACCCUCCCUCCUUUUUUUUCGCGAGCCAGAAUCAGUCGAAGCCCAAUUAUGCACGAGUGAAUUUCUUCGAUGAUUAUAUUGUUUUAGUUUCGUUGUGUGCAUACUGAUGAUGAUGAUGAUAAUACGUUGAACGGAAAAAAUUUUAAAUUUACGCGUGUAAAAACUGUUGAUCGCUCGCGCUUGCACAACGUAAAAGCGCGAGUGUGUUAUUAAUAUAAUGAUGUUUUUAUAAAUGUUAAAAAGUUGUAUGUACAAUAUAGAAAAGAAAUAAGUUUUAAGCGAAGGAGAGUUUGGGUGUAUGUUCGAUGUCAGAAAGUAUCAUUGUAAAUGUUUGAAAUUUGAUGAAAUUCGUGGCGAGUUGCGCUUCGACUGAAGUCACAUACUUAAUGCAUAUAUAAAAGAUCAUUGUUUUCUAUUCGUUGUUAUACUUUACUUGAAAUUAGAUUUUCCAGUCAUGCGAUUUUAUAAAAAUGAUUUUUAUUGAAGAUUUUUAUCGAAAAUGAUUAUAACAGUUGUUAGAGAAUUAUUUCAGAAGAUUAUGUUUAAACCAGAAAAAUUUUCGUUGUAUAUUUGAUUAAAUGAUUGAAGCGAGAAGCCCGAACGUGUGAUUAUAAAUGUAAUUGUAUAACGUAGAUUAUACGUGUCGUUGAAGAAAAAAUCAAUUAUUUGCUUUUAGUUAAGCUUUUCGAUCGUUUCCUCAUUCGGUUGUGAAUACGUAUGGAAGUGCAACUUACGACUAUGACAUUGUGUCUAGAAAAGGAAUGACAGAAGACAAAGGAAGUUAUAUACAUGAAAUUACAAAUGCAAAUUACAACUUGAUGAAAUAAUUAACGACCAAGAGUCAUUUUAUAAAUACUUUUCACUUUGGCGCGUGUGUAUAUGAUAAUGUUUGCUGCCACAUAAUAAUAUGCUGUUAAAAGCUUGCCGUAACGAUUGGGCUUAUAAAAAUAAAGGGAAUAAAUAAAUUAUAUUUUAAGCAUAAGAUAGAGAAUAUGACAUUAUAACAAAGACGGUAUAAUGUAUCCUUGUUUAUUAAGAAAAAACAUGUAUAAAUGUAACGAUCACGCAUUUGUCCAACCUGUUCUAGCAGGACUUGCAAUGUAAACUAUUUUUGUACUCACAUAAAACUGAAAGAAAGAUCCCUAAAUCAAUUCAAUUAUGGCAUUGUAAAGUAUAAAAUAAUAAACAACUUUAAUUCGCAAA